UCCCUUCUUUCCUUCCUUCCCUCCUUCUUUCCUUCCUUCCUGUCCUCCACAGACUUCCACCAGAGGGGAGGUCAGGCUGGGUUGGGGUCCUGGAAAGAGAGAGAGAGAGAGAGAGAAAGAGAAAGAGAUCUCGUGCACGAGCGCGCGCCCCCGCGGCCGUCCCUUUCUCCGGAGGAGGGCGGUGGGGGGCUUGGGAGAGCUGGAGCUGCUGCUUCUUCCCUUCCUCCUCCUCCUCCUCCUCCUCUUCCUCCUUUCUCCUUUCUCCUCCGCGCGUGGCUUCUUUGUGCGGUGCAGCUGGUCCUGGAAGCAUUCAAAAGAGAAAGAGAGAGAGAAAGAAAGAGAAAGAAAGAAAGAAGGAGAGAAAAGAAGGCUUGCUUUCCCUUGCGUCGCCGGCCGGCUGCGCUCUGAGCCUCGCCUCACCUGUCCCUCCCUCACCUGCCGCUCUUGCCCUCCCUCCCUCUCUCCUUCCUUCCCUCCCUCUCAUCAUCCUCAUCCCUUCUUUCUCCCCCUCCCUCCUCCUUGGUCCUCCAGGAAGCCUCGUCUCCUUCCCUUUCUCAGCCAGGCGCACAACUUGAGCCUCCCAUCGCUGGGGAAAAUCAAGGUGGAUCUUACUGGGAAGACUCUCCAAAACUUCAUCGCCCCCCUCCCUCUUUCCCUCCUCCUCCUCCUCUCCUUCAUCUUCAUCCUCCUCCUCUCCUCCUCCAUCCCAUCCUUUUCCUCCAAAGCUCCCAAUCCCUUCUUCCAACAUGGAUGUAAGGUUUUACCCACCUUCGUCGGGGAGCUCUCUACCCGGAGACCCUUCCAACCUGGACUUUGCCCAGUGUUUGGGUUACUACAACUACAACAAGUUUGGUAACAACAAUAACUACAUGAACAUGGCAGAGGCAAAUAAUGCCUUUCUUGCAGCAAAUGAGCAAACCUUCCAUACUCCAAGCCUUGGUGACGAAGAGUUUGAGAUUCCUCCAAUUACGCCGCCCCCAGAACUGGACCCCACCAGCCUAGGGAUGGCAGAUAUACUCCUCCCUUUUCAAGGUCUAAGUGACCAGUUGGCUGCACAAGGGAAUGAGUUUACUCCCCAGUUUCCACCACAGAGCCUGGACCUUCCUUCCAUCACGAUAUCUCGAAACCUUGUGGAACAAGAUGGGGUCAUCCAAAGCAAUGGAUUACACAUGGAUCACAGUCAUACAGAUGUGUCUCAGUAUCGCCAGGAUCACGCUUUGAUUAUGAGGUCCAUUGUCCACAUGACGGAGGCCACUCGUUCUGGAAUUAUGCCUCCCAACCAGCUGACCACUAUCAACCAGUCUCAAUUAAGUGCUCAACUGGGACUGAGUUUAGGUGGUGCCAACUUGCCGCAUACCUCCCCUUCCCCUCCGGCAAGCAAAUCGGCAACCCCUUCGCCAUCCAGUUCUAUAAACGAAGAAGAUGCAGACGACUCAAACAGGACUGCGGGAGAGAAGAGAGCGGCCCCCGAUUCUGGCAAGAAGCCCAAGACACCGAAAAAGAAGAAAAAGAAAGACCCCAACGAACCGCAGAAGCCGGUGUCGGCAUAUGCCCUGUUCUUCAGGGACACACAAGCGGCAAUUAAAGGCCAGAACCCCAAUGCUACCUUUGGAGAAGUUUCAAAAAUCGUAGCGUCGAUGUGGGACAGCUUAGGAGAAGAGCAAAAGCAGGUAUAUAAAAGGAAAACGGAAGCUGCUAAAAAGGAGUACCUAAAGGCACUUGCUGCCUACAGAGCAAGUUUGGUUUCCAAGGCUGCUGCUGAGUCCGCAGAGGCUCAAACCAUCCGCUCCGUCCAGCAGACCCUGGCAUCUACAAAUUUGUCCUCUUCUCUCCUUCUGAAUGCCCCUCUUUCCCAACACUCAACGGUGGCCACUUCACCCCAGACUCUCCAGCAGGCCCUCCCGAGGGCCAUCGCCCCAAAGCCUUUAGCAAUGCGGCUGCCCAUGAACCAGAUCAUCACCUCGGUCACAAUCGCCCCCAACAUCCCCACAAACAUUUCCACCUCACUGAUCAGCUCGAUGGGGAGCAACAUGGUGGGCACCUCGUCGGCUUCGGGGUCCUCCCAAGUCAGCCCUUCCUUGCAGAGCCAGCAACACCAACUCCAGCAGCUCCAACAGCUCCAGCAGCAGCAGAUGCAGCAGCAGCAGCUCCACCAGCAGCACAUGCACCAGCAGAUCCAGCAGCAAAUGCAGCAGCAGCAUUUCCAGCACCACAUGCAGCAGCACCUGCAGCAGCAGCAGAUGCAGCAGCAGCUGAGUCAGCAGCAGCAGAUGCAACAACAGCUGAGUCAGCAGCAGCAGAUGCAACAGCAGCUCCAGCAUAUGCAGCUCCAGCAAAUGCAGCAGCAGCAGAUGCAGCACCAGUCACAACCAUCUCCGCCGCAGCAUUCCCCUGUGGCGUCACAGAUCACGUCCCCCAUCCCCGCCAUCGGAAGCCCCCCACCCACCACCCCGCAGCACCAGCCCCAAAUACAAACCCAGACUCAGACUCAGCUAUUAUCACAGGCCAGUAUUUUCUGAAGACACGUUACAAAACAAACAAACAGCUGCUUUGCAACAAAGAGCUGCGCAAAAGUGGAUGGCGAAAUACCGCAAUGCCGAUAGUCGUUAUGUCGGAAUGCAUAACAGAUAAAGGGAGUCUCUAAGCUGUCUAUUAGAUAGGCAAUAAAGAACUACAAUGUAGCUGUGUAUACUCUUUUAGCUGGCGAUGAAUAUUUGUUUUCCGGAUUCUUCCACUCCUAUUUUUAAAGCUGUGCUCUUUGUGUUUUUUUUUAAUUCCCUCCUCCUUCUCCCUCAAUGCUUAUUUAAUUUAUUUUGAGCUUUACCUACAAUAUGUGAAUCAAAUCAUCUUCGAUAUUCCUGGGCAUUAAGACUGAAACAAGACAAAAUGGCCUUUUCACAGUUUCGCACUGUUCGUUCUUGGAAAAUUAGUUAAUGCUCUGGAGCCCCUGAUGGUGCAAUGAGUUAAACCCUUGUGCUGACAGGACUGAAGAUUGACAGGUUGGAGGUUUGAAUCUGGGGAGAGGGAGGAUGAGCUCCCUCUAUCAGCUCCAGCUCCCCGGUUUUU